AUGGGUUUCCUUCUUGGUAACAGUAAAACGGCUUACACCAUUAACGGGUCGGCCAAUAAUGGGGUGCGGGAUGAGAAAAAGGUGCGACAAACGGACGAAAAGACGGCACCACAGGACAACCGUACCGCAAGCGGCAAGGAGUGGAAGGAGGUAAGCACGUUCCGUCGCAUCCUGCCCCAGAUAUUGGCCAGUACGGCCAAAAAUUUCCUCCUGCUCGAUCUCGGCAUGGCGGUCGCGUUUCCGACGAUUGUGAUUCCGGCACUGCGGGGAAUAAAAAAUCGUGCCCCGGACGAGUUCCUGCACUUUACGCCCCAGGAAGCAUCGUGGUUUGGAAGCAUUGCCUACAUCUGCCAGCCGGUAGGAAGUGUCCUGUCCGGGAUUAUCCUUGAACCGCUCGGACGCAAACGAUCGAUGAUUCUAGUCAACAUUCCGCACAUAAUUGGAUGGUUUAUGCUACACUUUGCCGGAUCGCUCGAGGAAAUGUACACGGCGGCGAUCCUGCUCGGAUUGGGUGUUGGAUUUAUGGAGGCUCCGAUCGUGACCUACGUUGGAGAGAUCUGCCAACCAUCGAUCCGAGGAAUACUAACAUCCUGUGCCGGUGUCGCCGUAAUGCUCGGAUUCUUCAUGGUUUAUCUACUCGGAACCGUUACCACGUGGCGCACAACGGCAGCCAUUUGUGCCUCCAUCCCGAUCGCCACGAUGAUUGCGAUCUGUUUCGUACCGGAAACACCGAUGUGGCUGCUGUCCAAAAACCGGGCCGAUGAUGCCCUCAAGUCCCUGCAAUGGCUGCGUGGCUGGGUGUCGCCGAAAGCCGUCGAGCAAGAGUUCCAGGAGAUGAAACGAUACAGCCUGCAUUCGGCGAAAUGUGCCAUCUGUGAGAAAAGUGGUGCCACCACCACCUGUCAGCAUCCACCACUGACCGAGUGGACAAAGUUGAAGGAAUUGACGCGCAAGAGAAACUUGCGCCCAUUCGUACUUGUGAUGCUGUUUUUCGUGUUUGGUCAGCUAAGUGGGUUGACCGGCAUGCGACCGUAUCUGGUGCAGAUCUUCCAGGCGUACGGUGUACCGCUGGACGCUAACUGGGCUACCGUAUCGACCGGAUUGCUAGGACUGAUCGCCAACAUUGUCUGCAUGGUCAGCAUAAAGUUUGUCGGAAAACGAAGGCUCGCCAUUACAUCGAUGACUGUGACCGCGUUGUCGUGUAUUUCGUUGUCGAUAUAUGCGUUCAACACGUUCCCACCGGGGUGGACCUCGUUCGACAACCAUCCGGGCACGAGCCACGUCACAUCGCUGGGUUACAUUCCGAUGGUUCUCUUCUUUAUGCUGGCAUUUUUCACCAGCGUUGGCGUACUGCCCGUACCCUGGAUUUUACUCAGCGAGGUCUUUCCAUUCCGAAAUCGAAGCCUGGCGUGCGGUAUUACGGCCGCUCUACACUAUGUCAUGUCGUUCGUGACGACGAAAACGUACUUCAACCUCGAGAGUGCAUUCUCACUGCCGGGGGUUAUUCUAUUCUACGGUGUGAUGGGCCUAAUCGGACUCGGCUUUGUGUACUUCUUCCUACCCGAAACGGAAAAACGAACCCUGGAAGACAUCGAGCUGUACUUCUCCGACAACAAGCGCAAACUGACGGACAUUUACAUUCCACGACGAAAUCGGGACGAAGAGAUGGUAGCGGUCGUAUCGAAACUCGAAACCGAAAAGGCGAUGGAAAAGCAGGGCAUCGACAACGCCGUCUUUACGGAGGGCGAUAAAUAAC